GCAACGGCAAAGUCAAAGGGCGACGGUCUGUCGAGCAGCAGAGCAGCCAUGUCUUCAGCCCUCAACUUUGGUCCGGCUUUCAUGAGAGGCAACAGUGCAGAUGGAAGCAGCAGCAGCAGCAGCAACCUCCACGUCAGCGGAGCGACAGGAGCGAACAGACAUAUAGGAGGAGCACCCGCUCGUCCUCUGGCCGCUCUUCAUCCGCUCGAUCCUGCCAGUCGACCCCAUCUGCGGCAAGAGCUGGGCAGUGUGAAUUCGCCUUGGGCGAGUCAUGAGCGUGCAACAAUCCCAUCAGGAGCAUCCUCCUGGACGACGCCAGCCACAAAAUCCAAUGCUCAGCUCGAUCAGGCACACUCGCUCGAGCAGAGAGCGGGCUCGGUCAAGGUGCCGCCGUUCAUCAUGUCGAGAGACUACAUGCUCUCACUUUGGUCACCGUCUGCCACCACGACGACAGAGUUGCCAAUCCAGGUCGACAAGGAUCAUGUCAUUCUGGCUCAGCAAGCGAAUACUCCCUUGGCUUUCAUACCCAUGUCCGACACCGAACGCACCGCGUUCCAGGGAUCCUUGAAUUCGCGUCACACGAGUGCCAAACUCACUGCACAGUCUGGUCCAAGCAAUGGUGUCCUUCCCCCGGGAUCACGACAGACGAGAGAGCACGGUCAAGCUAUAGACUCGGCCAAUGCUCGCUCCCGCGAGACUUCCGCCGAAACCAAACCAGAACCGGCAGUUGGCAUCUGGCGUCGAUCUGCAGACAGAGCAGCUCUGGCUGCGCAAGAGCCUCAGACCCGCCCGGCUCAGCCGGGAGAGUAUACACAUCAUACAUUGACCAGAAUGGAGCGGAACGCUUCGUCAAUGCUUGACUCACUCGCGUUGGACGAAGAUGCGCAUCCGCGAAAUGAUAUGCGUGAGACUCGCGCCGCCUCACCUUCAGCGCAUGCCAAUGGCCUCACUCAAAGUAGUGGUCCACCGCCCGGACUGAGUCAGCCUGACCCGCCCGAACUCAUCCAGUGGCAGUACCGCGAUCCGAGUGGUCAAGUCCAAGGUCCUUUCUCUGGCUCACAGAUGCAGGAAUGGUACCGUCAGCAAUUCUUCAAUGCUGACUUGCUUGUCAAACCGGUCUCCGUCCCAACGUUCGAGCCGCUAGGUGCAUUACUCUUGCGAGUAGGCGAUCGAUUUGCGCCCUUCCUCAAUGCAGCCAGCUCUCAGCGUCCGCCCGAGCUCUUCGCGCAUUCACUGCCCUCUCAGAGCCCCUCUUAUUCUCCCUCGCUGCCAUCGCAGAGCCAAUACAGGCCACAGCUGCCUCCUCAAAGCUCUUGUAUUCACCAAACAGUGCCUCAGCGGCCUCUGACGACGAUAUCCUAUCUUGCCGGCCCAACCUAUAACGAGCUACAUUCGCAGCCGUACGAUGCACCGACGCCCGUGCCGCCACAGCCACAGCGACAGCGACAGCACAGCGCUUGGUCGCUUGACCCGCCUGGAGGAGAGCCCAAGCCGCUCGAGCCGUCUCCUCUGCCACAGCCAGCUCCGUCACCGCUUGCAGAUUAUGUUCGCAGUUUGGCCAAUCCAGAACAGCCGCCAGAGCCGACUGCGCCCAUACAGCCUGCACAAGACGAGCCUGGGCCCAUGAAGAUCGAGCCUGAGCCUGAAUCGGAUCCGGAGCCGGAGCCUGUCAUUAAGCCGACUGUGCAGCAGCAAUUGCCAGAGCCGGUCAAAGAAACUGUACUCGCGACACCGGUCGUCGAAGAGGCCAAGCCAGAGCCAGCGCCUGUCAAGGCUUCGCCGUGGAACAGCGUCCCGAAUGGAACCGCUUCGGCAUCAAGUGCCAAGAGGCCGGCGACGCUGCGCGAUAUACAGGCAAAGGAAGCAGAAGAGACCAAAUCGCGACGACAGCUCAUCCGAGAAGCGAAAGCGGCCAAGUUAGCUGCAGACGCAGAGGCUCGCGCUGCUCGCGAGGCUGCAGAGGAGCGAUCCAACCUACCCAGUACGACCAGCUGGGCUCAGACCACCGAUUCGCCUCCCGCUACUACGCCAUCGGCGUGGCAGAAAUCACAAGAGCAGACGAAGAAAAUGACUCUGCAAGAGAUACAGCAGCAAGAAGAAGCUGCGAGGAAGCAGGCCAAGGCCAAUGCUGCUGCUAAGCAGCGCACUGCCACUCGAGGCUAUGCCGGCGUGGCUGCUCCCGGUCCUGCAGCCUCUACCGGAGAGCCUUGGAGCACAGUAGGUGCAUCUGGAAAGACGCCAGCGGUCGUCAAGCCCGUCGCGCCUGUUCGCAGCACUAGCGCGAGCGCACCAGCACUCAAGGCGGAGCCCGCGCGUUCGGCAGCAACAAGUAAGCCAAGUACGCGACCGGCCGUCUCGAGCAAGGCACCGCCUGCUCUUCCGCCCGCUGCUGAAGCACCUCCUGCGCCGAGCCCGGCCUUUAUGCAAUGGUGCACCAAAGCGCUGAAGGGCUUGACCGUGCCAGCGGAAGGAUUCAUCCAAGUCCUGCUCUCGUUCCCCAUCCAGCCCGAUCCUACCGUGCUGGAAAUCAUAUCGGAUAGCGUCUAUGCGAAUAGUCGACUGCUUGACGGCAGACGAUUCGCCAACGAAUUCGUCACCCGUCGACAAGCGGACUACAAAGCUCAGAAAGCAGGCACGGUGGCUAACAUGGAGACCAGCAAACCGAAAGCGCCAGCGAAGCCGGCUUCAAUGGCAGAUGCGCUCAAGACCAAGCCCAUGGCUUCUCCGGCUGGACCGGACUUUCGCAUCAUCCCUGCGAGGAAGAAGAACUCCGCAGGUCGCUCGUAGCUAGCUCAUGGGCGGCAAGAGAGCAAGCUCGCUCAGCAUGCAAUUUGAGCGUCU